AUGUCAACAAUGACGCUUUUGAGAGUCCUUACAUCCACAUUUCUUCUGAUCUCUCUCGUUGUCAUCAAUUCCCCAGCAUUCGCAGCACCCUUAGGGUUCAUCAAGCAACUGGAGGGCGGCCGCAGAGGCCAAUCCAUUGAAGGGCUCCGUGACCUGAAACAGUACCUCCAGAAAUUUGGAUACUACCUCAACGAUCACAAGGACACCAACCCCAACGUAGCCACGACGCACCAAAACGACGACGAAUUCGAUGAGCUCCUGGAGGCCGCAAUCAAGCGAUAUCAACGAACUCAUCGCAUCCCCGUCUCAGGAUCCUUGGACCGCGCCACGACGGCCCAAUUGAUUAUCCCUAGGUGUGGCGUUUCAGACCAUGAUCUUGUUAUGACCCUGGAUUAUUAUGGGGACCAAAAGGAUUACAGAUUCUUCCGUGGCAAACCCAAGUGGAACAAGAACAACCUUCGAUAUAAGUUCGGACCCAAGAGCCGCCCUCCUGCCGGGUUGAAGGAACGCACCAUCAAGGCAGCCGUGGACAAGGCGUUACAGAGCUGGAAGAAUGUAACUGAAUUCACGUUCGACUAUGUUGCCAGUACUACAGCGCCGGCUGACCUGAAAAUUUCAUUUUUUUCUCGCGACCAUGGAGACGGGGAUCCAUUUGAAGGGCCUGAUGGGCACACGGCCCAUGCGUUCGCGCCACGUUACGGAGAAGUCCAUUAUAACGCAGAUUAUAAAUGGAGCAAUUACCCAAGCCCAAAGGAAAUGGAUCUGCAAUCCAUUGCGGUGCAUGAGAUUGGACAUGCAUUAGGGCUUCGUCACAGCGACAAUCAGGCAGCGAUCAUGUACCCUUACUUGAACCUCGGGCAAGUUAAGCGGGCAUUGCAGAGGGCUGAUAUCGAUGGCAUCCGUGAACUCUACAACUUGCCUUCAAAGUAA